CGUCCGCGUCCAACAUGGCGGCGCCCAUGGCCCGCUGGCUCCUCUUCCUCCUCGCGCCGCUCAGCCUCCGCGGCGAGGCGUCCGGGGACGCGGGCGCGGGGGCCUCCCUGGAGGACGACGUGCUGCUGCCCUACCCCCGCGGGCGCGCGCGCCUGGCCCGGGACUGCGCCCGGGUGCGCGCGGGCCGGCGCGAGCACGAGCGCUGGCCGGCCGCCCCGGGCGCGGGCCCCCCGGAGGUGCGCCCCUUCGUGUCGCACUUCGGGGGCCGCGCCGUGGCCGGCCGCCUGACGCGGGCCGGCGACCCCCUGCGCACCUUCUCGGUGCUGGAGCCCGGCGGGCCCGGCGGCUGCGCCCGGCGGCAACGCGCCACGGUGCAGGAGACGGCGCGGCGGGCGGGCUGCCUGGUGGCGCAGAACGGCGGCUUCUUCGGCACGGGCACGGGCGAGUGCCUGGGCAACGCGGUGAGCGACGGGCGCAGGGUGAGCAGCGCCGGGGGGCUGCAGAACGCGCAGUUCGGGAUCCGCCGCGACGGGACCCUGGUGACCGGGUACCUGUCCGAGGAGGAGGUGCUGGACACUGAGAACCCUUUUGUGCAGCUGGUGAGUGGGGUCGUGUGGCUGAUUCGCAAUGGAAGCGUCUACAUCAACGAGAGCCAAGCCACCGAGUGUGAAGAGACACAGGAGACAGGCUCCUUCAGCAAAUUUGUGAAUGUGAUCUCUGCGCGGACAGCCGUGGGCCACGACAGGGAGGGGCGGCUGGUGCUGUUCCAGGCUGACGGGCAGACAGAGCAGCGGGGCAUUAACCUGUGGGAGAUGGCCGACUUCCUGCUCAGACAGGACGUGGUCAACGCCAUCAACCUGGAUGGAGGCGGCUCCGCCACCUUUGUGGCCAACGGCAGCCUGGCCAGUUACCCAUCAGACCACUGCCAGGAGAACAGCAUGUGGCGCUGCGCGCGGCGUGUGUCCACUGUGGUGUGCGUGCACGUGCCCCGCUGCCAGCCGCCUGACUGCAGUGGCCACGGGACCUGCGUGUCCGGGCGCUGCCAGUGCUCAGGGCGCUUCUGGCGGGGUGACGCCUGCAACCAGCUGGACUGUGGCCCUGCCAACUGCAGCGGCCACGGACUCUGCACCGAGACUGGCUGCCGCUGCGAGGCGGGGUGGACAGGGCCCAACUGUGGUGAAGAGGAGGAGUGCCUGCAGCUCCCCAAGGGUGCCCCCCGGACCGGAGCUUCCCCGCUGCUCACAGGGACCGCCUGGCUGGGCCUGACCCUGGCGCUGGGCUCCCUCCUGCUGGUCAGCAUGGCGGUCAACGUGGCCCUGGCGCUGGGCUCGCGCGUGGAGCUCAGCCGGCACCUGGACGGCGCUUACGACUACCACCCACUGCAGGAGAUGAACGGGGAGCUGCUGCCCGCAGACAAGGAGCCGCGGGGGGACGCCCAGAACCUGUGCAGGGACUGACCGCCCCGCCGGCCUUGUGAAGGCUGGUCUCCGCACUGUCCUGCUUCCGCAGGGCCACCGACCCUCUGGCGCCGUCUGCCAGGGUCCCAGCCCAGCACAUGGGCCGCACCUGGCCGCCACCUCUCUGCAGCGCCCCCUGGAGGAGACCAUGACUUCCUGCAGGAGUCUGUCCCUUCCUGUCCUCCCCACUCUGCAGCAGCCCCCCAGAGGAGACUGGCCCUUACUAGCGCCUCCUGGAAGCAGCCGUCCUUUUCUGCUGCGCCCCCUGGAGGAGACUAGAGGCCCCCCGAGGGCCUUCCUGCAGGCCCUCUAAGCGGCAUCCCCAGAAUAGGGACCUCUGCCGGUGACGACCAGAACUUGUUACAAUGGGGUCGCGUGUUGGAGUGGAAGAGACUCAGGACCUCACUGCUGUCCACCCUCCAGACCUCACUGCCAAUUUCCAGGAACACAAGUGCCAAACUCGCCAGCUUACGUCCGUUUCCCGUCUCAGGCCACUCCCCAGCAGGGGAGGGUCCUGCCCCGCACCCCCGGGGAGGGGGACACGUACGCUGGACUAAUAAAGGGCGUACUGAGGGGACUGGA